CACGAACUUUAGUACAUUGUCUGGAGCUGUUUUGCUUACAGUGAGUCAGGAGCUCGAGAAGAAGCGAAGUCGAUCGAGAAUUCAGCAUAUAAUAUAACGCCUUUUAGUUCAAUUUUUUUAAAAUCACAUUCAAGUCCAGUUAUGCCAUCCGACAGACCCUUCAAACAGAGACGGAGCUUUGCUGACCGUUGCAAGGAAGUGCAGCAGAUACGAGAGCAGCAUCCUAAUAAAAUUCCGGUGAUCAUUGAGAGGUAUAAGGGAGAAAAGCAACUUCCUGUCUUGGACAAGACCAAGUUCCUCGUCCCUGACCAUGUUAACAUGAGUGAGCUGGUAAAGAUAAUCAGGCGUAGACUGCAGCUCAACCCCACCCAGGCGUUUUUUCUUCUUGUCAAUCAGCACAGCAUGGUCAGUGUGUCCACCCCCAUUUCAGAGAUCUACGAACAAGAGCGAGAUGAAGAUGGCUUCCUCUACAUGGUUUACGCCUCCCAGGAGACCUUCGGUUGCUAAGCAGGCCACUCGACCUUUGAGGGAGACAGGGACAGCAGAGGGAGCGAGAGACGUCAACAGGAAGCAGGCUCACCCAAAUGUACCCAUCUCUCUCUCCCCUUCAUCCCUGCUCUCCUCCCUUGCUGGUAUGAAACAAAAUAAAGCCGUUGAUUCUUCUCCAUGUGACACUACAGUGCAAACCACAGCACUACUGUAAACACUAUUCAGACCCUUCGCCCCAUUUUAAACGUACUCGUUUUUUUAUAAGCUAGUAUAACGUAGGUAUUACACUGAUAAUGCGUCGUAUUUGGCCCCAGUUGCUU